AUGGUCGUGGACGUGGACGUGGACGUGGACGUGGACAUGGACGUGGACGUGGACGUCGACAUGGCCGUGGACGUGGACGUGGACGUGGACGUGGAGGACGUGGACGUGGACGUGGUCGUGGACGUGGACGUGGACGUGGACAUGGACAUGGACGUGGACGUGGACAUGGACGUAGACCUGGACGUGGACAUGGACGUGGACGUGGACGUAGACAUGGACGUGGACAUGGACGUGGACGUGGACAUGAACGUGGACGUGGACGUGGACAUGGACGGGGACGUGAACGUGGACGUGGAUGUGGACGUGGACGUGGACGUGGACGUGGUCAUGGACGUGGACGUGGACCUGGUCGUGGAUGUGGACAUGGACAUGGACGUGGACGUGGACAUGGACAUGGACGUGGACUUAGACAUGGACGUGGACAUGGACGUGGACAUGGACGUGGACGUGGACAUGGACGUGGACAUGGACAUGGACGUGGACGUGGACAUGGACGUGGACAUGAACGUGGACAUGGACGUGGACAUGGACGUGGACAUGGACGUGGACAUGGACGUGGACGUGGACAUGGACGUGGACAUGGACAUGGACGUGGACGUGGACGUGGACAUGGACGUGGACAUGAACGUGGACAUGGACGUGGACAUGGACGUGGACAUGGACGUGGACAUGGACGUGGACGUGGACAUGGACGUGGACAUGGACGUGGAUGUAGACGUGGAGGUGGACAUGGACGUAGACAUGGAUGUGGACGUGGAUGUGGACAGGGACGCGGACAUAGACGUGGACGUGGACAUGGACGUGGACGUGGACAUGGACGUGGACGUGGACAUGGACGUGGACGUGGACAUGGACGUAGACGUAGACAUGGACGUGGACGUGGACGUGGACAUGGACCUGGACGUAGACGUGGACGUGGACGUAGACGUGGACGUGGACCUGGUCGUGGACGUGGACGUGGACGUGGACGUGGACGUGGACAUGGUCGUGGACGUGGACGUGGACGUGGACAUGGAUGUGGACAUGGACGUGGACAUGGACGUGGACAUGGACAUGGACGUGGACAUGGACGUGGACGUGGACGUGGAGGACUUGGACGUGGACAUGGACGUGGACGUGGACGUGGACGUGGACGGUCGUGGACGUGGACGUGGACGUGGACGUGGUCACGUGGACGUGGACAUGGAUGUGGACGUGGACGUGGACGUGGACAUGGACAUGGACGUGGACGUGGACGUGAACAUGGACGUGGACAUGGACGAGGACGUGGACAUGGACGUGGACAUGGACGUGGACGUGGACGUGGACGUGGACAUGGACGUGGACGUGGACGUGGACAUGGACGUGGACGUAGACGUGGACGUGGACGUGGACAUGGACGUGGACGUGGACGUGGAGGACUUGGACGUGGACAUGGACGUGGACGUGAACGUGGACUUGGACAUGGACGUGGACGUGGACAUGGACGUGGACAUGGACGUGGACGUGGACGUGGACAUGGACAUGGACGUGGACGUGGACGUGGACAUGGACGUGGACAUGGACGUGGACAUGGACGUGGACAUGGACAUGGACGUGGACAUGGACGUGGACGUGGACGUGGACGACUUGGACGUGGACAUGGACGUGGACGUGGACGUGGACGACGUGGACGCGGACCUGGUCGUGGACGUGGACGUGGACGUGGAUGUGGACGUGGAUAUGGUCGUGGACGUGGACGUGGACGCGGACAUGGACGUGGACAUGGACGUGGACAUGGACGUAGACAUGGACAUGGACGUGGACGUAGACAUGGACGUGGACAUGGACGUGGACGUGGACGUGGACGUGGACAUGGACAUGGACGUGGACGUGGACGUGGACAUGAACGUGGACAUGGACGUGGACGUGGACAUGGACGUGGACAUGGACGUGGACGUGGACGUGGACGUGGACAUGGACGUGGACGUGGACGUGGACAUGGACGUGGACGUAGACGUGGACGUGGACGUGGACGUGGACAUGGACGUGGACGUGGAGGACUUGGACGUGGACAUGGACGUGGACGUGAACGUGGACUUAGACAUGGACGUGGACGUGGACAUGGACGUGGACAUGGACGUGGACGUGGACGUGGACAUGGACAUGGACGUGGACGUGGACGUGGACGUGGACGUGGACGUGGACAUGGACGUGGACGUGAACGUGGACGUGGACGUGGACAUGGACGUGUACGUGGACGUGGACGUGGACAUGGACAUGGACGUGGACGUGGAGGACGUGGACGUGGACGUGGACGUGGACGUGGUCGUGGACGUUGAUUUGGACGUGGACGUGGAAGUGGUCGUGGACGUGGAGGACUUGGACGUGGACAUGGACGUGGACGUGGACGUGGUCGUGGACAUGGACGUGGACGUGGUCGUGGUCAUGGACGUGGUCGUCGACGUGGACGUGGUCGUCCACGACGUGGACUUGGACGUGGACGUGGACGUGGACGUAGUCGUGGACGUGGACAUGGUCGUGGAUGUGGACAUGGACGUGGACGUGGACGUGGACGUAGACGUGGACAUGGACGUGGACGUGGACGUGGACGUGGACGUGGACAUGGUCGUGGAGGUGGAGGUGGACGUGGACGUGGACAUGGACGUGGACGUGGACGUGGACAUGGUCGUGGAUGUGGACAUGGACGUGGACGUGGACGUGGACGUGGACAUGGUCGUGAACGUGGACAUGGACGUCGACAUGGACGUGGACGUCGACAUGGACGUGGACGUGGACGUGGACGUGGACAUGGAGGUGGACGUGGACGUGGACGUGGUCGUGGACGUGGACGUGGACGUAAACGUGGACGUGGACGUGGCGUGGACGUGGACGUGGACGUGGACGUGGACAUGGACGUGGACGUGGACGUGGAAGUGGACGUGGACAUGGACGUGGACGUGGACGUGGACGUAG